AGUACACAUGAGAAUACACACUGGGGAAAAACCCUUUACAUGUGAAAUUUGCACCAAACAGUUUUCAUCCAAGAAAUAUGUAACUAGGCAUAGAAGAGUGCAUACUGGUGAAAAACCAUUUGAAUGUGAAAUUUGUACCAAACAGUUUGCAAGAAACGCACAUUUAACUGAACAUAUGAGAGUGCAUACUGGUGAAAAACCUUUCACAUGUAAAAUAUGCACCAAACAGUUUUCAAGAAACACACAUUUAACUAGACAUGAUAGUGCAUACUGGUGAAAACCCGUUUAAAUGUGAAAUUUGUACCAAAAAGUUUUCAACAAACACAAAUUUAACUAGACAUAUGCGAGUGCAUACCGGUAAAAAACCAUUCGCAUGUGAAGUAUGUAACAAACAGUUUUCAGGAAGUUGGAAUUUAAAAUCACAUAUGGUAGUACACAGCGGUGAAAAAGCUUUUUCCUGUGAAAUUUGUGCUAAAAAGUAUUCACAAAGUUCUACUUUACAAUCACAUAUGAGAGUGCAUACUGGUGAAAAACCUUUCACAUGCCAAAUAUGCAACAAACAGUUUUCGCAAAGAUCUGGUUUAGAAUAUCAUAUGAAAGUGCAUACUGGUGAAAAACCGUUUGAAUGUGAAAUUUGCAGCAAACAGUUUUCAACGAAACAAAUUUUAAAUACACAUAUGAGAAUGCAUACUGGUGAAAAACCUUUCACAUGCCGAAUAUGCAACAAACAGUUUUCACACAGUUCUAAUUUAAAUAAUCAUAUGAAAACACACACAUGAAUGUAUUCAAUGUUGCUUUGGUACACCUUUUAAAACGUAGACUUUAUUACGAAUCGGGAAAAAUGACUGCGUAGUGGUAGCAAAUACUAUAUACUAUAGACUAUAAUACAUCCAACUCCGCAGAAAACUGGCAGCACGUUGCUGCCAGCGCCUCUGCCGGCUGGAGUUGAUAACUACAUGUUUUCAACGUUGACAUACAAAUUUAAUUUUGUUCAUUUUUUGAUAACUAGCUAAUCUUGGUAAAUGUGUUUGUAUUUUUAUACAAAAUGUCUUAUAAAAUGGGUUCGGUAAAGUGGAUUCUCAGCAAAUGCCUAGGAUGGCAACAAAAUUAACUAAAAAGUGUAUUCCUUUGCCCCCAUUCACCCUGAACAGAGGGUGUUUAGCUGCAAUUUUUUGUUUCAAGAAAGCUAACCCAAGAGUGCAUGGAAAAUUUAUUUUCUAUUAUUAGGGAUAAGGGUUUUAUAAUACAUUCUGAUAGUGUGAAAUUUAUUUGUACUUAUAAAGGGAGAUUCAGAUAAAAUUAAUGAUAUAUUUAAAAGGUAUUUUUAAUAAAAUUGUAUACAAGGGGGCGUUAAAAAUGUUAAAUAUAAAUUAAAAUUAAAAUGUUACAAGAAACUCUCCAAAAUGAAUGUACAAAUUGUCGCAAAAAAAAUUUUUUGACCUGUCAAGCUCUUUUAAUCCGAUUCUUAAAAGCAGCCAAGGAGACACCAAACAUUUGCAAGUUAUUCUCGUUUAUAAUUUUUAGUGUUCGCUCAAUGGGCGAAUGCAUACCAUAGUUUGUUCGAUGAAAAGGUAUAUAAAACAAAUCAACAUGUCUGAGACUUCUGGAGGGAACAUAUAAAUUAAUAGAUUGGAGAAGUUCAGAACAACAAAUUUAACCAUUUAUUAAUUUAAACACAAAUACCAAAUCAGAGUUAUCUCAUCGAGUUUUUAAUAAAUUCAUGUUGAGUGUUUUUAAAAUAUAGGUAUAAUCAUGAUUAGUAAUGCGUAUGUUUAAUUUGUAUGCACAAUAUCUCAAAAAUUUAUUCUGCAAUCUCUCCAACGUAGUAGAAUGAGCUUGGUAUUGUGGAGACCAUACAAUAGAUGCAUAUUCCACUUUAGAUACAACCAAAGCAUAAUAUACCGUUCUUAAAGCCCCUGCAGAUAGUCUCAGACAGUUGCGAAUGAUAAAGCCCAAAGAUUUUGAUGCAUUUACUGUUACACUAUUUAUAUGUUGCACAAAACGCAACUGCUCAUCAAAUGUGACUCCUCAAGUCUUUUAUUGUUUUAACAUAAGACAAUUCAUUUUCAUUAAUUGUGUAAGAAGUAUCAUAUUUUUUAUUACCUCUAAAAAAGCUUAUAUAACAGCA